AUGUACAUAUUGAUAAUUUUUAUAUUCCGUAACGUCCACCUCACUAACAUUACUUUGGCUAAUUUGCUUUGGAGGACACUUAUACGAUACAAUUGCUUAAAUAGAAAUUUAAAGUUUGGAGUAUUAAUUUAUGAAUGAAAUUGCUUAAUUUAGUUAGUGACGGUGAUGAUGACUAUAAAACAGGUGUAAAAUUUAAGUGGGUACAAAUGCUUAAAUGUGAGGUUAGGUUUUGGAGCCAUGAACUCCUAAAAAUAUAAUUUCCGAACAGGGAAAUUCGUUGCCUUCGAAAUGCAAAACUCGUGUAAAAUCCAGUCUAGUGUCAACCUUACUUUUCACAAAAUAUAUAUGCAUCAUCACUACAAUCUGAUCAAAACGAGGAGAAAGUGAGAUUCCACGAUAAUCAUGGAGUCGCAUUUUCCCCACAUUUGCUACUCUCACCACCACCACCACACCACUAAUCCUCUCCCAUAUAUGAGCGAUCUUGUAGGAUGUGCUAUUCCAUGAUCCUCUCCAUAACCAACAACGAGUAAAGUACAGAAAGUCUCACUUUCCUCCUUCUUGCCGAGAUCUUCUCCUGCUUUCCACUCUGCACAACAACCACUGCCAACCACCAGAGAAAUGCACAGGAAUCGGUGCUGGCUGAGCUGAUGCCUGGCUGGACAGCCAAUCCCGUCGCAGUAAAUCUGCCAGAAGAAGAAGAAGAAGAAGCCGGCAUCAUCCAGCCUCGCACGUGCUGCAAACUUCUCACUCGUCAGUUUCUUCGUCUCGACAAACAACUCUGCACUUGUUCUACUAAUUUCCUGCUCCAGAAGAAAAUUUUACCCGUCCUUGGAAAUUGGAGGAUUGUUCUCAAGGAAAAUGGGGAACGGAAUCGAGCGGUGGGAGGAUUCUCCCAGCGAAGACGAGGACGAGCCAGAGCCAGAACUCCCUCCAACUUUUUCACGAGACGUGAGGAACGACAAUUUGCAUACCCUGACUGGUGUGCUGGCCGACGAACAGCGAAAAAUGCGAGAGGAAGAUAAACGCUUGGCCAAGAAGUGCAAAAAACUGGAGAAAAGAGCUGCAAAGAAAGAGAAAAAGAAAGAAUCUAAGAAGAAGUAAAUUUCUACUUGAAAAUUCAAAUUUACAAUUUUUUUGUUAAUUUUUUAAAUUUGAAAUUUGAAGCGAUCUUUUAUAAUAUUGUGCUGAAAGCAAAUUAAAACUCAGUUCCUAAAUCAAUUGAA